AUGAGCCGUGUCGCUAUUGUAACAGGCUCCUCGCGUGGAAUCGGGCGUGCCAUCGCCCUCAGAAUCGCGCGGGAUGGCUACGAUGUUUGCAUCAAUGACGUGCCUGCCAACGAGACUGGAGCCGAAGAGGUAGCGAAAGAGAUUCAAGCCCUUGGAAGAAAGGCGACGGUGGCCAUUGCGGAUGUCAGCAAGCUCGCUGAGGUCGAGCAGAUGAUCCAAACGGCUGUCAGCGAUCUGGGGCCGUUGAACACCAUAAUUGCCAAUGCUGGUAUUGCACAAGUAAAGCCACUGCUUGACUUGACCGAACAAGAUUUCGAAAACAUGUUCAGGGUCAACGUGUUCGGAGUACAGAACUGCUUUCAGGCAGCGGCGAAGCAGCUCAUUAGGCAAGGCAACUGUACGCCAGACGCUCCUGGCAAGAUGAUCGCUUGCGCCAGCAUAGUGGCCUUCAAGCCUUUCGCCCUCCUCUCCCACUACAGUUCGUCCAAGUGGGCCGUGCGGGGAUUGACACAAGCCUACGCCAUGGAAAUGGCAGAGUACAACAUCACCGUGAAUGCCUACGCGCCAGGUAUCGUCGGCACAGCCAUGUGGGACCUGAUUGACGAAAAACUGGGCGAAAAGACCGGCGCCAAGAAAGGAGACACGAUCAAGAAGUACACGAACGAGCUUAUCGCACAGAAGCGUACGUCGGUACCGGAAGAUGUCGCCAAGCUGGUGAGCUUCUUGUGCGGACCGGACAGUGAUCACGUCACAGGACAAACUCAGGUCGUCGAUGGCGGGAUCAUCUAUACAUAA